ACAAGUUUACCUCCGCGCCGCUGAUCAGCUGACCUCCGCUUCAUGCGUCAGGAAUCACCUGCCUUUUACGUGACUCGACUUAAUGACUAGCUUAGAAAUGACGUUUCAACUCAGUCUGUUGGUUUCAACGACAAACAUAAUGUAGUAUUCCCCCUAUUGCCAGUAGGCCUAAUAGUAAACUAGCUUCCAAACUAGUGCUGAACUGAACUAGCGCUGAACUGAACUAAUGAUUAGUGGCAAUUUAGUGACAUUACUCGAGACAUCACAUAAUCAGCGAAAUUUUUGUUGUGAUGUUGAUUGUUGGCAAUAGACUAGUCGACAAGUGUAUUUGAGUGAAUGCUGAACAAUGAGUGGUCCGGUAAACAUGAAUGAUCAGUUGUUGCAAAGCAGAUCCGCUGAUGUCAUGGCUGUAUGUCUCUGCAUGGAUACAGUUGCAUCAUCGAGUUGAAACAAUUUUGAACUUACUCUGUAUACAACUUGCUUAAGCAAAUGUUAAGUAAGCCCAUACGCCUACACCUCUUCUCCAAUCCUAGAUGAGUGCUGCCUGAGUGAUACUAUAAAUUUAAGCGAGAUGAGCAUCAUAAAUGCCAUUACUACACCACUUUCACAGCUUCCACUUUGGAGGAAGAAGUCAACACCCGUAAAGCAGAGUGAGCGAGUUUCAAAUGGCAUGGUAGAGGAGGACCGGGAGGAGGAUGGAUUUACUUUUGUAGGGGAGUCUGAAAGUGAAAGGAAUACAGUAUACCCACACAAUAUAAGCAAUUCCUGGAAAACACCACCACCCCCAUCAUAUCAACAGUUUCCUUUUCUGUUUAACUACCUUAUCCACCUUUUGCCGUUGAUGACCACCUUUGGUCCAGCCACAGACAGCAUUGCAAGCAUUCAGCAAACAUGAUCUGAUGUCAUUCCGGGCAGAAUCGAUAUCAACGUAAGAGUACCAAAGGACUCCUUGACUGUUCUUUCAUAUUCCUCACGGAUGUCAGACUUGUGCAGUUUCCAAAUCUUUGGAGGGAUUCUGUCUCUUUGGAGGGAUAGAACGUGGCUUCUGUGUAUGGGUUUGCAAGACAAGGUCUGACACCAGAAGCUUGUGUUGACUUGUGCAUUCUUCACCACCAAUGGCCAUUACAUCCCGGACCAGCUUCAAUUCACAGCGCCUGACAAGAAUGUAAUCAACUUGGGUACCCACAGUGCUAGAACAGUAUUUGACAAGUUGUUUAUCUUGUUUCGUGAAGGUGUUAGAUACAGCAAGAUCGACAGGUGUGCACAAGUCCAGCAUUCUAACACCCUCAGCAUUCCGUUCGCCAAACCUGUGGCCACCAUGAUGACCGUCGAAACCUGCAGAAGCUUGUCCAACUUGCCAAUUCAGGUCACCACAUACAGUAAACUCUGGCUAAGCCGACAUCGUACAGCUCAUUGAAUCGCUCAAGUCGGCCGUCUGACUAAAGUCUCAAUUGUCCGUAAUGCAUUUCCAUUGAAUUUUUU